GAACAACGGCCGGUGGUGACAUUUUAAAAUAAAGUAGAACAAGGUGCUAGGAGGUACUUAAGCAAGAGGUUUAACUUAAUGUUGUUUGUUGAUAUUAAGCGUUUAUUUCGAACAAUGUAAAAAGCUAUAAAAAUUGACAGCAUAAGAUGUUAAAGACGCCGGACACGUAAAGACGAACACUUCAAUUAUCAGUGGUACCUCUUCUGUGUUGCAGGCGUAUUCCUGUUGGUAACCCCGGCUGCCGCACCCCACCGCCCUGUGCUCUGAGACCAGAGACAGACGGGGGUGUCCAAUUGACUGACAUGAAGAUGGCCGACACCGAAAAGCCUGAAGAGUUGGUGGACUCCAAGCCGCAGACGGAGGAAGCGGCUACAGGUGCAGCUGCUGUGGUGACGGGAGAGGAUGAGCCCCUUAAGACGGAGACCACCUCCCUGUCUGAGAAGGAAGGCGACAGCCCCCUACAGGUCGAGCCAGGCCUGCUCUCCAUGCCCUGUCUGCUGAAGGAGCUGCGGAGAGACUCGCCGGAGUCGCAGCAGGCCUCCACGGAGAGCGAGAAGCCUCCGUCUUCAGGCCAUGCCUAUGAGAGUGACUCCUCCAACCCCUGCAUGCUCUCUCCUUCCUCCAGUGGACACCUGGCUGACUCUGACACCCUGUCAUCUGGGGAUGAGGGCAGUGCAGUGCAAGCAGAAGUUAGUGGCGCCACCGAGGCUGGCGAUCUCGGCCAAGGGGCCAGUAAUCAGGUAGUGGCGGUUGGGGGUAGGAAGUCUCGGCGUCUGCGCUCUGAAAGCGAAAUGUCUUCGGCAAUGGCUGCCAAGAAGAAUCGCUGCCAACCCAGUGGUGGCGACAAGCAGCCCAACGGCCGGCUGGCCAAGGUCAAAGGGCAUCGGAGCCAGAAGCACAAGGAGCGCAUGCGGCUCCUGAGGCAGAAGCGGGAGGCAGCCGCCAGGAAAAAGUACAACCUGCUGCAGGACAGCAGUACAAGUGACAGCGAUCUGACGUGCGAGUCCAGCACCAGUUCCUCAGAUGAUGAAGAUGUGGUGUCAGGGAGCAGCAAGACAAUCACCACGGAUAUACCAGAUGGGCCUCCAGUUAUUGCACAUUAUGAUAUUUCAGACACUAAUUCUGACCCGGAGGCGUUAAAUGUGGACAAUCUGCUUGCAGCCGCUGUAGCUAAAGAGCUAAAUACAUUCAAAACCCAGGAUAUGAAAGCAAUUUCUUUGGCAGAAAGAGGGCAUCUUGGUUCAAGCUCCGAAACAGGUCAAAAAGAGGCAACAUUUGCACAUGGGGAUGCCUCCGCUCGUGGCCCCCACCAGGUCAAGGAGAAGAUAGACGUCCCUUCCUCCGACAGCGAGGUGGAAAUUGUUGGUGUGCAGGAGAACGCAAGGUGUGUUCACCCCAGAGGAGGUGUGAUCCAGAGCGUGUCGUCAUGGAAACACGGCCCCGUCUCACAGUGCAACAGCACAAGGCAGCCUCCUCUGUGGACCGCAGUCUCUAUCCAGCCCAACUGGGUGCCCCCACCUGAAGUAGUGGACCUCACUCUGGACGAGGAUGCCAGAUGCAAAUACCUACUGUGAGCAACCAAAGCACUGAUGAGCCCCCCCCAUCUUCCUCCCCCCACCUCCCUGAAGUGCGCUGAAGAAAUCCUUCCCUCUCAGGAGGCCCGUCUGGGUGUUACUGAUAACUUGUAACUUGUUAGAACUUCCUUUUCUGAGUGCUGUCUACUUUGAACCUACUGUAAAAUCUGAUGUACAAGUCUGCUUUCUAUGGAGUUUUUUUUUUUUUUUUGAAUUUUCUCAAAGGGCAGAGUGACCUAGUAUAGACAUGACUUAUGCACAGGAUUAUAUGGUAAUUAUAGCAAUAUUUUAUUUUAUUUUUUUACUAUCGUGACCCAGAGGUAUCUUUUUAAGUAGGUGCACUGUUUAAGCUAGCUAUCAUAAGAAUUGAAAAUAAAACAAAUUAAGCUGCUGCAUUUAAAAAAAAAAAUCACAAGGCUUUGUGAGAAGUAGCAGUUCCGGAGCUGUAAGAACUUCCCAUCUGAGAUAACAAUACGGCUGGAUGAUUUUCGGAAAAAUGCUACACUACGGGAUGGCAACUGAAACUCAGGCGGCAGCCGUGUGAUUUGGGCGGUAAUCCAGUUGGCUGUCGCGCAACAUGGAAUAAAAUGCAUUUGAGGGAGGGCGCUACAGCUGUUUAGGGCUCAGUGUGAUGGCAUUGCCCGUGUUCAGCUGUGAGAGUGUCCAUUUCAGGCAGGUGGGAUUGGCACGGCCUGCAGGAAAGAUGUGUUUUUACCAUGUGCUGUUGUUUUUCUUUGCAAUACGGAUGCUGGCUCCACAUGUAAUAUGCUGUGAUGCACCUGCUUGUUACAGCUGCAUUUCAUCGCUGUUUUUCAAAGAAUGUAAUUUUAUAAAAUGGGACAAAAUCAUCUAAUCAUUCACUGAUGUUAAUGUACUGUAGGCAUACAUUUCAAAUUUGUUUCUCCAGUGGACAUGCAUCCAAAUCUACAAAUACUCAGAUUCAGUUAAUCUAAUUUAGUGUUGGUAGCAGUUACAUUACAUACAGUUAAAUUGAUUUAGGAAAGAAACAUUAUGAAGUUUGAUGUGGUUUGAAAAUAUUUUGGAAAUUCAUUGUGAGCUAAAUUUCAUGGUUUCGUGAUACAGCUGUGUGAGAGAGCUUCUUGCAUAAGAGUAGCUAAUAAAUUACUGUUGUAAAUCUCUGAAAAUAUUUGAAAACAUCUGCAAAUCGACUAGCAAAUACAGCUCAGUCUUGGAAAACCACUGAGUUGAUUUUUUUCUUUCCCCAGACAUUGAAACGUUUAGUAAAUUCAAAUCUCCCAUUGCUUUGUAAUUAAUAAUUGAGGAGGAGAAAAGCACUGUGAUAUGUGUUUUCGGUGACAAGCAACAUUUUCCUCCCCCGCCCAGUAAUUCCGCAGUACUGUCAUACACACAUUCUGUGCAUGGAAUCAGUGUGUGUUGUCAUAGAAACAGGCAUUGCAUUGAGCCCAUUCUACUCAAACUAUGCUCUGUCCCAAUAUCUCGGUAACAUUGCAGUGGUUGCUUUUAGCCAAGUGAAUGUACAGACACGCUUCGUCUUUUUACCAGCUCAGCGCAAGUUUGACGGACGUGAACUAGAUUGCCUCUUAACACCAGCAUGAGCAGUGCGCCUUACCUCGACUUCCCCGACAGCCCUUUACGUACAUGAGGGUAUGCUGUACCUUCCGCAUUCAGCGUUUGAUUGCGGAGCGUUGCCAGCCGAUCACCUCACAAUGUGCACUAUUCAUUUUGAGAAUCUAUGUCCCCAGUCACCCUAGAUAGCAUCGUUUUUGCUCUCUAUACAAAUCCUGUUUUAGUAAUAGAUGUGUGUUACCUAAAUAUCAGGAAAUCAGACCGGGGUGUGUGAGAUGAACUUAAGGAUGCAGAGUGAUAUGCUUGUCAGUGUGUUAAACAGGAGUCUUUGCUUUAGGUAGUAUUGGCUUAAAGAAGCUGGAGAAUUUUUAAAACAUUCAUUUUGAGCUUGGAAGCAUCUUGUAAUUUUGUUUCUGCUACAGAUGGCAUUAAACAGACUUGAAUUGAGAAUGCGCAAGAAAGGGUUUCUUAUGAAAUGUCAGAAGUCUGUUCAGUAUAUACAUAAAGGGAAUCGGUAAGUCCCCUGUUUUGGAUCUACCAGCACAGGAUCCAACUCUCCCUUGGCACAUUUGAAAUCCAGGGCUUCUCACCAAACUAUGGCUCUAGGUCAUUUUAACAGGGAGGGGGAUUCAAAUUUUAGUCAAAUGGGAUAGGAUUCACACCACACGGCUAAUUUUGCAUCCCUCUGCCUUGGUUUGAAUUAAAUUCUCUGAAACAUACAGCUGAAGCAGCAUCUUUGACCGAAAGGAAUGGAUGUUGUUUUUAAAUUUGUUAAGGAUGUAUGUGCGUGAGAGAUUCUCAGAUGAAGAUGCUGUAAAAGCCCACACAAUUUUAUUGUUAGUGUUAACCACUGGAUUCCGCUAGCACUUCUGUUUUGUCGCUGGCCUGUAUACUGGUCUACACACCCAGCUAUAGGGAACCAAAAUUGAAUUUGCAAUACACUUCCUGUUGCGCACUUGUUCAUCUGCAGAGAUCAGAGUGUGACUUUCUAACUUUUGUGACCUUGAUGUUUUCAGGAUAUGGUGUGUGGAAUAUUUGUUUAACCAAAAAAAAGAGAGAGAGAUCCAUCCAGCACCGCAAUUUCUAUGGGCAGGGAGAACAAAAGUGCAACAAUCCUAAUUUUAACAUCUUAUUUUUUGGUGGUUAAUUAUUGUACAGUAGUUUACAGUACUUGGUAAUCAAAGCUCAAGCAUGAUGCACAUACAUAAUAAGCAUUUAAAUGGAAGUUAUUUUCUUGCUUGCAUUUAAACAUUGUCCCUAAUAGCUCACCCACCGUGUAUUUCAUUGUUUUAAUUUUAACUUCCAGUAUUUUAAGUUAACAAAUGAGUGUGUUACUUUUCUUGCUUGUGCAAGUCCCUGACUUCCUUGAAAUUUUAAUUCUGUAGUAUAAAAUGAAACUAUUUUAAAACAAAAUAAAUAAUGUAUUUAAACACUGCA